AUGAAACGUUUCCUAACCGUCGAGAAAGAAGAGGAGGAUAACACAGAGACCAACGCCAUUAAGAAGGCAAAAAUCAAACGAAAAUAUCCAUCCACCUUUCUCACCGUAAACGUGAACGGUUUACUCUCGAAAAUCAAUUCUCCAGACAAGUGGAAGGAAAAGCAAACGUUGCUGACGUAUUUACGAAGCGCAAACGCGGACGUGAUUUCAAUCACGGAGACGUGGAUUCCAGGAAAUGGAUCGUCUGGAGGAUCGUCGAGCAAGAAAUAUACGCAGCCGUAUUCAAACGACGGCACGAAUAAGAGCUACCGGGAAAGCGCGAACGGAAUCGAAUCUUUGCUCGAUUCGAACGGAUUUUUACGAAAAUACGCGAGAUAUUAUAACUGUUUCCAUCAAAAAUCCGCGGGCGUGUUGACGCUGGUGAACGCGGAGGAGGUGGAGAAACCGAACAGAGUGCGUUUACGUUUUACGAACGAAGAUAAAGGAGAAGAAGAGUGGCCUGGGAGAGUGAUAGAGUGUCAAUUCGGCGACGACGAGGACGCGAACAGAUUGGUCGUUCUCUCGACGUAUUCGCCGAAUAACGGGAGCGGAGCGGAAUCGCGAGAACGAAGGCGGAGGUGGGAUGAUUCUGUUUUGAAACGGUUGACGCAGUUGAGAAAAGAAGGGGUGGAUUUUAUAUGGAAUGGAGAUUUGAACGUCGCCCCGGACGGAAUCGACGUGAAGUUCGACGAUAUUAAAGCGAUGGAGAAUAAGAAAGCGUCGGAUCCAGAUUACGGCGUGGCGGGAUUUACGAGGAACGAACAGAGACGGUUUCAAAACAUUCUCGAGGCGUCGGAGGCAAGCGACGCGUAUCGAGUGGUGAACGGCGAGCGACGAUCGUAUACGUGGAGGGCGUAUACCGUGAAUAAAGUAGGCGGGAAGGUUUUUAAUACCGUGAACCCCGGGAUGCGUCUCGAUUUGAUGGUUGUUUCCAAGAACUUGAAAAGUAAAAUCCAAAGAUGUUAUCACGCCACGGACGAUUUACCGGAUACCGAGGCGAUGAAGAUGCCCAUGGAAAAAUUCUUUGGCUCCGACCACUGCGCGGUGCAUUUAGAGCUCAAGAAUAUGGACAACGACAACAACAACAACAACAGUGAAGAAAACGAAGAGAACGAGAAAGAGACGAACGCCACGAAAGAAAAAGACGCGUCCGAUCCCUCCGAUCGAGGCCCCCGAUCGAUUGAGGCAAUUGAAUGA